UGUAGAAUUCAAUUCACAUCUUAUACAUUCAUAUACAUACUACUGUGUGUAACAACUAAAAUGAAAAAGAAUCGGAAAAGUCCAACUAGGGACGAUCUCAAAGUCAGAAUUCGGACAAGCAUCAUCCCACGAUAGAAAAGCUCGGUCCAUCCUCGGCCCUUCCUCUUUGCCUGCCUGCCUUUCCCGGUCGGCCAUUGAUACGUUGUAUUUUGCUCAAAUUUUUUCGUCUCUGGCUGCCCUCUGUGCCCACUCGGCCAUUGAUGUAGAUAGGACUUCGGAGCUGGAAGGGUUGAGUCUGAACUGGAUCAGGAAUCAGGGAACAUGUCUAAAACGUUGCCGUAUUCGAUGAAAGAUGUGGAUUAUGAUAACGCCAAAUUCCGCCAUCGAUCCCUUCUCAAGACCUUUAUUCAGUCAUCGCUUACAAGUAAUGUGAAGCGGGAGUGUACCAAAUGUAGUACUGGAAAGUUCCUUGUGCUAUUACUGAUUGGUGGAUUAACAUAUCUAAUGAUCACACAUACCAGUACUUCAGUUUCUGUUUCCAGCAAUGCUAAAUCAAACAACAUAGGGACUGAGGAACUAAGCAGUUUACGAAGAUUUUGGAGAAAACCACCAAGGCUUCCUCCUAGAUUAUCACCAGAUGAAAUGAGUAGUAAGAGUGUACCUAAUCGUACUCUUGAGAAAUUAAAUACAAAAAGUAUUUGGAUGGCUAGGCAACAAAAGGUCAAGGAGGCAUUUUUACAUGCAUGGUCUGGAUACAAAACUUAUGCUAUGGGUUAUGAUGAACUUAUGCCUCUAAGCCGUAGGGGGGUUGAUGGUUUAGGAGGUCUAGGAGCAACAGUGGUGGAUGCUUUAGACACAGCCAUGAUAAUGGGAGUUGAAGAAGUAAUUGUUGAUGCAGGUUCAUGGAUCGAAAAACAUCUUCCUGAGAGGAUCAGCGGAAAAGGUCAAGUGAAUUUGUUUGAAACUACUAUUCGUAUUUUAGGCGGCCUUUUGAGUGCUUAUCAUUUGAGCGGGGGGCAAGGGGGAAGUUCGUUGCACAAAGGGCCCAAACCAGUUGUCUAUCUAGAUAAUGCUAGGGAUUUGGCUGAUCGCCUGCUGGUUGCAUUUACAUCAAGUCCCUCUGAUAUUCCAUUCAGUGAUGUGGUUCUACGUGAGCACUCUGCACACCCUGCUCCUGAUGGCAUGAGCAGUACUGCAGAAGUUUCAACUUUGCAGCUGGAAUUUAAUUAUCUUAGUUAUCUAACUGGGAACCCAAAGUAUGGCUUAGAAUCAAUGAAGGUUUUUGAACAUCUGAAGACCCUGUCGAAGGUGGAGGGACUGGUUCCGAUAUACAUAAGCCCUCAUUCAGGUGAAUUCAAUGGAGAGAACAUCAGACUUGGAUCUCGAGGUGACAGCUAUUAUGAGUACCUCAUCAAAGUCUGGCUUCAGCAGAGAGGGAGAAAUUCAACAUACUUGUUUGACAUGUAUGAGGAAGCGAUGAAGGGUGUCAGGCACCGUCUUGUUCGGCAAUCUGUCCCU